CCCCGAAAGUUCUUAAAGAAACACUUUUAUUAACAUUUCUUUUUUCCACCAAAAAUGUUUAAAAAUUUCCCAAAAAUGUUGACAAUGUAGAAGUUUUCACUGUGAAAAUAUGUAUUUUUUUCCCACAUUUUCAAAACUUUAAAAGGGUCAAAGCUACAAAAGAACACAUGUGGUAUUAUGUUGUACACAAAAAAUAUUCAGUUUUAAUCUUCAGUGUAGAAAAAUAAUGCAAACUCUUGAAUGAGAAGGUGUGUCCAAACCUUUGAAUGGCAGUGUGUACUAUUAUAUGUUAAAAAGCCUGCAAAAAAAGUCAUUUGAAAAGCUGCCGGCAGAUUACUGUGGUGUCAUCACGGCUUGAAGAAAAAAAAAACAGAGCGGUUUAAGGACUUCCUCAAAAGUUUCACAACAUCGAGAUGAACGAUAAGUGGCACAUUCACGCUCAGACUCUCAUACCGCUGCUUCAGUCGCCUUCAGGAGGAACUAUGGAUGCUGGAAAAGCUGUUUACACGCUGGUGGAAGCCCUCAUCGCUGUCAGCUGCUGUCUCGGUAACUUGCUGGUGGUUCUGGCUCUGUGGACCAGUAAAAGCAUCCGGCAGCCCACAUACUGCCUCAUCGUGUCUCUGGCCGUGGCUGACUUCAUGGUCGGCUGUGUGGCCAUACCGCUGGCUGUCGUCGUGGACGGACGACUGGCCACUUCGUUCCACGCUUGUCUCUUCAUCAGCUGCGUGGUCGUCCUGCUGACUCUGGUUUCAGUCCUGUGUCUUCUGGCCAUUGCAGUGGAUCGGUACCUGCGGGUCUACAUCCCUCUCAGGUACAAAAGGACUGUAACCCAGAGGCAUUCUUAUCUGGUGGUCGCUGCGUGUUGGCUUGGUGCGAUACCGCUCAGUUUCACUCCCAUGCUUGGAUGGUACAACCACAAAAACCUGCCUCAGUCCGUCAAUUCUACAUUUGUCUGCGAGUUUAUCGCUGUCAUCCCCAUGUCCUACCUGGUUUAUUUCAACUUCUUCCUCUGCACCUUGACACCUCUGCUGGUGAUGACCGCCUUGUACAGCUACAUCUUCUGUUCUGUUCGUUCAAACCUUCGCGAGAAACCGGGCAGCAUUACCCCGGGACAGUCCCAGACCUACCUGAAGAAAGAGAAGCAGCUUGCAGGAUCUCUGUCUCUGGUCUUGGCUCUGUUCGCCCUGUCCUGGCUGCCUCUACAUUUGAUGAACUGCGUCGCUUACUUCGGUAAAGAAGUGCCCAUACCGGCGUUCCACGUCGGCAUCGUGCUCUCUCACGCUAACUCGGCUAUCAAUCCGGUUGUGUACGCGUUCAAAAUACAGAAAAUCAAGGCGGCAUAUCUGAGGAUCUGGAGACAAUAUCGCUCAUGUGCGGCAGAAAAUCAAGGAUCUCAGUCGAGCCAGACAACAGACAACAACCUCAGCAGCAACAUGAACAGCAGGACCAACGAUGACUGAAUGCAGAUUUGAUUGUUUGUGUCUCUUUGUUUUCAAGUUUGAGUGAUAAAAUUUUAACCUUCGUGUCGUCCAGGGGGUCACAAUUGACCCAGUGUAAAGUUUGAAAAUGUUGAAAAAAUAUAUUUUCACAGUGAAACUUCUGAUGUCCACAUUUUCAACAUUUUUGGGAAAUCUUUGAGCAUUUUUUGGUGGAAAAAAAGAAACGUUAAAAAUGUUUUUCUUAAGAACAUUCACAAAAAAAUCAACCAAUAUCUGAUGAAUUUC